AACAUGGAACCUCCACAACCCAAGUUAGACGCAAUGUUCACCAAGGGGAGAUUCGACGGCCACAUUGCCGUAGUGACCGGGGGAGCGUCUGGCAUAGGUAGAGCGUGUGUUAAACGACUUGUGAGUGACGGGGCAAUUGUGGCGUUUCUAGACGUCAAUCGCGAUGCGGGGGAACAGCUCGAGGCAGAGCUAAAGGGGGUGGGGUCUGACGCUAUAUAUUACCACGUCGAUGUCGCUGACAGAGAUGCGUGUUUCCAUGCAGUGGAUGACAUUGCCAGCAAACAUGGCGGCUGCAUCAACUAUUUGGUCAACUGUGCUGCAACUUUCCUAUUUAAAGGUCUGGAUGCCACGCCGUCCGACUGGAGGAAGGCUCUGAGCAUCAACGUGGAAGGAUACUCUAACAUGGUUCAAGCUUGUGUUCCUCACUUGAAAAAAGCCAAAGUAGGCAUACGGGCCAUCGUGAACAUGGCCAGUGUUUCCAGUCACCUAGCCCAGACUGACCGCUGGACUUACAGUGCCUCUAAAGCCGCCGUCCUUCAGAUGACCAGGUGUAUGGCACUGGACCUUGCCAAAGACGGAAUACGAGUGAACUCGAUAACACCCGGGUCGAUAAAAACGCCUGCGCUGGUGGCAUUUUCGAGAAUAGAUCCUGGCUUAGAUGAGUGGUUAAAGUGCUGCCAUAUGCUGAAUCGCAACGGCGAACCUUCAGAAGUUGCCGCAGCCGUUGCCUUCCUCUGCAGCAGAGACGCUUCCUUCAUCACCGGCUCCGAUCUCCCGGUAGAUGGCGGUUAUGCUGCGAUAGGACCCGAACGACACGGAAGAAACGGCCCACAGUUCGAAGGCGUCAUACCAGAGUAAAAAGUAAUGAGGGAAAUAGUGCACCGUGAGCGUACGCAUAUGAACUUCAUUCUCCAAAGGAUCUAAAUUGCGUCACAGUCCUUUGGGUUGAAUUCAUGUCGCAGUCUCAGAUCGUUGCCGUGUCAAAAUGGAAUUGUAGCUUGUCUAAAGUCAUCUCUGCCUUGAAAGGAUAACAACUCUUCGUAUGGGAUCCAUAAUUUACAACGCACACGUUGUAAACAAUAAAUUAUAAAUAAUGAAUUAUAUUUAACAUCCAAAACAGCGGUUUUGGCAAUUAUUCUGAAAUCAAUGCUUGCUAUCGGAUCAAACGACCUCCACACACGGUGGAUGGCUUCCUCCAAAACCAAAAUUAAAUAGGGGAAAUAACUUUGAAUUUCGGAACGUAUUCAUUUAGCAUUAUAUAUGUAUAGCGACUUUUAAAUCAUCGUUUAAAAAUAGUACAAUCGCUACUAGAAGGUGAAUUUUACAAAUUAACAUCGUACAAAAGUCCAUGAUAAUGUGUUCCAAUAUUCUGUCAUUUAAUGUUUUCUGUGAGAGGUUAACUCGACGUAAAAGUUUAAAGGCAUUUAACACCGCAUUGUAAGGCAUAAUUGUCAGUGACUGAGCGAUCAGUCAGUGACGUCACUGCCGGCAUAUAACCCCUCCAUUUGCUAGCAUUACUCUUCUAGUGGGUAAAACACGACAGGCAUACCAAGAAAAAUAAAAGUGGUAUGGAUUUUAUUGAUUUUAAGAAUAUGUACUUUCGCUUAAAAAAUAAAAUAACAACCAGAAAAUGGGAAUCCGACGUGACGCGACAGAGCGUCCUCCGUGGAUUUGGUUGCCAUUUAUUU